GCCGCCGCCGCUCGCCGCCGCAAUGGCGUCCGCGUCGAUGUCGCUCGUCUCGCCGCCCCGCGGCCCCCAGCAGCGCCUCCUCCUCGCCGUCCUCGGUCGCGCCUCCGCUCUCCGCCUUCUCCCGCCGCGCCCACACGUCCAUUAUCUUCUCCCCUGUGGCCCCGAGGAUCGUCUGCUGCUCCUCCGCCGUCCUCCACAGCCGUCGUGGUCUCCAACGGCAGGCCGGAUGGUGAGCGGAGGGAGGUCCGGUUCGGCCUGCCGAGCAAGGGGCGCAUGGCCGAGGACACGCUCGGCCUCCUCAAGGAUUGCCAAUUGUCAGUCAAGCAGGUGAAUCCUCGCCAGUAUGUUGCAGAAAUUCCACAGCUCUCUAAUUUGCAAGUCUGGUUUCAGCGACCAAAGGACAUUGUAAAAAAAUUGUUAUCUGGAGAUCUAGACAUUGGAAUAGUGGGUUUUGACACAGUUAGUGAACAUGGACAGGGUAAUGAAGAUCUUAUUAUUGUUCAUGAAGCUCUUGAUUAUGGGGAUUGCCAUUUGUCUCUCGCGAUUCCCAAAUAUGGGAUCUUUGAGAAGAUUAAUUCAGUGAAGGAGCUUGCGCAAAUGCCCCAAUGGACUGCAGAGAAACCACUCAGAGUUGCUACCGGUUUUGGCUAUCUGGGGCCUAAGUUCAUGAAAGAAAAUGGACUGAAGCAUGUGAGCUUUUCAACUGGUGAAGGAGCAUUGGAGGCAGCUCCUGCGAUGGGGACUGCUGAUGUUAUUUUGGACCUUGUAAGUAGUGGGACAACAUUAAAGGAAAAUAACUUAAAAGAAAUUGAAGGUGGGACAGUGUUGGAAAGUCAGGCUGUUCUUGUGGCAAGCAGGAAGUCACUAAUCCAACGGGAAGGUGUUCUUGGUGCAAUGCGUGAGAUUCUUGAAAGAUUGGAGGCACAUCUUAAAGCAGGCCAGUUUAAGGUAACAGCAAACAUGAGGGGGAGUAGUGCAGAGGAAGUUGCUAAGCGAGUACUCAGUCAACCAUCACUCUCUGGUUUGCAGGGACCUACCGUAAGUCCAGUCUUUCGCAAACGUAAUGGAGAAGUGGUUGUAGACUAUUAUGCAAUAGUCAUUUGUGUUCCUAAAAAGGAGCUCUAUAGCUCUGUGCAGCAGUUGAGAGCAAUCGGGGGUAGUGGAGUUCUAGUGUCUCCGUUGACGUACAUUUUCGAUGAGGAGACUCCCAGAUGGCAGCAGCUUCUGUCCAAACUCGGGCCUCGGUAGGCCAGUGCUCAGGUCAGACUAGAAGCACCUGCAUUGGAGAACCAGCUUGUGGAGAAGAUAGAGGACAGGUAAAAUUCAUCGGGAAGGUUGUAUCUUAGUUAUGUGGGUAGCCUUGCCGCAUCUGUUCUUUUAGAUUUGCGAUUUCUUUUCCUCUAGAUAUUAUUUUUUUCCCUCUGUGUCCUUUAUAGCAAUCGGUUUUAGAAUAUUUAAGUGUGGGAACAUCCUAAAGUUUAUUUUGGGACAUUCUUUGUAAGUGAUAUGUCAUUAAUGACAAUCUGGGUCAAUGGCGAUUCCACGACGUACUUUGGAAGAUAAA